GAACCUUCCUCUGUUUGGUUCUUCCUUGUAACCUUUGUCUAUUGUGAAAGGGAAAUGUAACCUAUUUCACAAGGCUUCCGCACUUGGAUUAUAUAGACAUGGCAGAUUUUCCUGGGAAGGUGAACACUCAGACCAGCUCGCCUCUAUUUCAGACAGAUUCCAUGAGCGUCAUGAACACAUCUACUGGCCUGAACUUCAUUAAGAGCGUGCCUGGAAUACUUUUGCUGGUGGAGAUUGUUGCUGGCUUGCUAGUAUGGACACUCAUCUGCAGUGCUGCUUACUGGUUGGUGGCAGCCUAUGGCUGGGUGUUGUUUGUGAGUAUAACACUGUGGCUCCUCACCACUGUGCUCUUCAUCAUGAUCAUUUUGGGUAUGAGACAGAAGUUGACCUCCAUACCCUGGCCUCUAGCGCUGCUGGUGUUUUAUGCAGUUGCAAGCAUCCUGUAUUUCACAGCCUUUCUGGCAAAUGCAAUUUCAGUCAGUAUGUUUGGAGGUGGCUAUGACUUUGAUCACAUGACAGCAGCUGCGUUUUUUGCCAUUUUUGUGACUGUGAGUUAUGGUACCAGUACCGCCUUUGCUUACAUGGAGUGGAGGGGUGCUAGAGGAAACACAGCUAUGACUACUGUUCCUGUAUAGAGACACACUGCAUCUGUGCGAAUGCUCUGUUAAGGGACUCUCAUGAAUUCUUCCUGCAACCUAAAGGAGAUGAUGAUGAAUUUUACCUGCAUUUGAUAGAAUUUUUGUGCUAAUACACAGCAAAAGUGACAUCUAGCCAAG